AGCCAGGCAGUUCCCAUGGCAGGUGGAGCACCGCAGUGCUGAGCGAGAUUCCCAAGAUUUGCUGCCAGGGGCCAAGGGGAAGGGAAACCUUCACACUCGGGGCAGCUGUGCUUACAAGGGGCCCCUUCAGUGCGCUGUAGCAGCAGCCAGAAGUUUGACUUAUUUUUUGAAAGGACUGGAGAAAUUAUUAACCACAGUUGAUGACGUCAGAGUUGAUCUGAUUAAAGGUUGAAGUUCAUGAGUUCGCCCAGCCUCAGUGAUCUGGGCAAGAGAGAGCAGGCAGCCUUGGAUGAGCGGGGGACACAGCAGCGCCGGGCCUGCUCCAACGCUACCUGGAACAGUAUCCACAAUGGAGUGAUAGCAGUGUUCCAGCGUAAGGGUCUCCCAGACCAUGAACUUUACAACCUCAAUGAAGGAGUCAGGCAAUUGCUGAAAACAGAACUGGGAUCAUUUUUCACUGAGUAUCUGCAGAAUCAGCUGCUCACAAAAGGCAUGGUGAUCCUAAGGGACAAGAUCCGUUUUUAUGAAGGGCAGAAAUUACUGGAUACCUUAGCUGAAACCUGGGAUUUUUUCUUCAGUGAUGUCCUGCCCAUGCUGCAGGCUAUUUUCUAUCCUGUGCAGGGAAAGGAGCCCUCGGUUCGCCAAUUAGCUCUUCUGCAUUUUAGGAAUAUAAUUACCCUCAAUAUAAAAUUGGAAGAUGCGUUAUCCCGUUCCAGAGCCAGAGUUCCACCAUCUAUUAUUCAGAUGCUGUUAAUACUUCAGGGGGUUCAUGAGUCGAAAGGUGUGACUGAAGAUUAUUUGAAACUGGAAUCCCUGAUCCAGAAAGUUGUUUCUCCUUACUUGGGCACGUAUGGUCUGUAUUCCAGUGAUGGACCCUUCACACACUCUGCCUGUAUCUUGGAGAAGCGUUUCUUCAGGCGUUCGAGGUCGGGUGACAUCCUUGCCAAGAACCCUGUGGUGAGAUCGAAGAGCUACAACAACCCCCUGCUGACGCCAGUGGCCGAGUACGAGACCGAGAGCAUCGCUGCCAACGGAGCUGGCAUCCGGAGGCACUCUGUCUCAGAAAUGACCUCCUGCUUGGAGCUCCAGGGCUACUCCAACCUCACCACCAUCAUGGACAACGCUUCCAAGAGCUCCGUGACAACCAUGAAAAACUCGCUGCCAGGAGAGCAGGAGAGGCCCAGCGCUGGGUCAGUGCAGUGCUCCAGCAAACUCAGCACAGCUGAGCAACAGAAAGGACUCUUCCACUCAAUUGGCAACACACACAGGUCUUUUGAGCUUGACAGAGACACUUCCUUACUUCCAGUUCCCUCUUCCAGCCCUGAAAACAUAGUGGAUCAGAUUUUGGAGUCAAUGGACUCUGAUUCUGAAGGCAUUUUCAUUGAUUUUGGCCGAGGCUGUUCCAAUUCAUCAGCAUAUAAUGUGGAUGUGAGCAGACAGAGCAUCAUGUGAAGGAUAUUAGGAGACAAACUGUGGGGUUUAAUAUUAUAUAUGGAAGUUAUUAAGGCAGUGAGUUGGACUAUGGGUAAGCUGUCUGUGCCUGGGCAGAACCUUUGCCAGGUAAUCACAGCUGUACUGAGCAAACACAAGUUUAUAGCAGGUGGGAAUCCGCUGAGGUGGAAGCAACUCCAACCACUUUUGCCCAUCCCUGUCACCCUGCAGAUGGAUUUCCUGUUUCUUUAUAAACUUAGGGGUUCACAAAUUCACAAGUGUCUGGUAAAAUAAUCAUGGGGGAAGAAGGUAAGGGAGAGUUACUGCCAGCACCUGGAAUUUUUGAUGUGAGAAACUCACAUUCAGCCAAAGCUUUACUGGCCUGUAGUGUUCCUGUUCAUAUCCUGUUCAUUUCUAAGAGUUCUUCAAUUACAAAGAAGUCAGAAGCAAACAUGCCCUCUUUUGAGCAGGAACACUCCAUCGAAUUCCAAGGUAUGACUGUGAAAGGUGUAAAUCCUCAUUCAAUACACAUGGCUGGGGUGUGAAAGGUGUUGUGCCUUUCCUGGUGGAGUAAUACUCAUUUGCACAAUAUGAAGAGUAAGAUUUUUGUCUUUAUGCAUGCACAUCCUGGAAAGCCAUCUCAGUAUAUGGAAUGUUGCAAAGGAUUCCAGUGUCCUCCAGCAUCAUCUGGGAGCAAAGGAACAUUGUAGUGAGGUGCUACAAAUGCUCUCUUCAGUCUUGCUUGAGAAAAGACUGCCUUGAGGGUUGGUGAUUUGUACAGUGAAUUGGGCUGGAGACUAGUAAGGAAACUCAAAUACAAGCAGUGUUUCCACAGUGGGUUGAUCAGCACCUAAGAACCGUCACCCAGAAUUGUCACUCUGAGGGAAAAGUCUUGGUUUGGUACAUGAGUUCUCAUCUUUUUUCCUAACUGGUGUCUUCAGUGCUAGGGAAGCUGUGGUAAUUGUACACAACAGGCCUAUAAUUCUGGCUGUUCUUCUCUAGAAUAGCUGGCAAAUGAAAAAACUUAAAAUCAGCUGAUUGAAAAAUUGCUUUAAUUUGAUUAAUUUUAUUGGGAAGAAGUUCCAUCCCUUCCACCAGGCA